AAGCCAACGACUCCGUCGCAGAGGCACACAGCCCUUAUCGACAAGGAAUAUCUGUGGAAGGGCAAGCCGCUGAAGUCCCUCACGAUCGGCUUGAGGAAGACGGGAGGGAGGAACAAAGAUGGACGCAUUACUGUACGUCAUAGAGGAGGAGGAAACAAGCGAAGAUACAGGAUCAUCGAUUUCUUGCGUGCUCCUCCUCACCACGAGGGCGUGAUCAUGAACGUGGUUGAGAGGAUUGAGUACGACCCGAACCGAUCCGCGCUGAUCGCUCUCCUCCGAUGCACCACCCCUGGCCUUGGGAAGGCGUUCUCCUAUAUCAUCUGUCCUCUCGGCAUCAAGAUCGGGCAGGAGCUCGAGUCGAGCAGGUCGCAGCAGGUCAACAUGAAGGAUGGCAACGCCAUGCCAUUGCGGUUCGUUCAGGUGGGAACGCUAGUCCACAACAUCGAGAUGACCCCUGGGAAGGGAGCACAGCUGUGCAGGUCAGCUGGAGCCGCUGCGAUGCUGCUGGAGAAGGACGAAGCCACCGGCCUGGCGCUUCUGCGCAUGCAGAGCAAGGAGCAGAGGUAUGUGAAGCUCAACUGCGUCGCAACGAUAGGGAGAGUUUCAAACCCCGAGCACAUGAACCAGAGCCUGGGGAAGGCGGGACGAAACCGAUGGAAGGGAAAGAGGCCCAGCGUGAGAGGUGUGGCGAUGAACCCCGUUGAUCACCCUCAUGGAGGAGGUGAGGGCAAGAAGUCUGGCCGGGGCGUGUCGCCAUGGGGUUGGAACACGAAGGGAUACAAGACUGUGAGGAAGAAG